CCAUCAAGCAUCUCUUAGGUCUCAGCCUCUCCGUUGUUUCUUUUUCCACGAACCACUCCCCUCGACCCCCUCCCCCUGCCCAAGAUUUCUCCAUAGCAAGCUGCCUUGAUGUUAACCUCAACGGGGACGUGGGUUGAUCUCUAAACCAAUUGUGGAGGACUUAAUUGUGUCAAGUUAGGUGCUCUACUUUUUCUACUAGUCAAAUCUUGCUUUAGUACUCUCCUUCCUGCAUUUCUGCCUCUUGGUUUAUUAGAGACAUGGGAAGUCCAGAGCACUCCCGAGAACCUUGCCCUGAUCGUAUACUUGAUGAUGUUGGUGGAGCAUUUGGUAUGGGUGCUGUUGGAGGUUCUGCUUACCACUUCUUGAAAGGAAUCUAUAAUUCUCCAAAAGGUGAGCGCCUAAUUGGGGGUACUCAAGCAAUACGUAUGAAUGCACCUCGUGUUGGGGGUAGUUUUGCUGUCUGGGGUGGACUAUUUUCCACAUUCGAUUGCACAAUGGUUUAUCUUCGCCAGAAAGAGGAUCCAUGGAACUCAAUUUUUGCUGGUGCAGCAACUGGUGGCCUUCUUCAGAUGCGUCAAGGGUUUGGUGCUGCUUCAAGAUCUGCAAUGUUUGGUGGGGUAUUGCUUGCUUUAAUUGAGGGAGCUGGAAUUAUGGUAAAUAAACUCAUGAAUGCUCAACAGAUGCAACAGAUGGAAAUGCAAGUACCGCACAUGGCAGGUGCACCUGGAUAUCCAAUGGGUCAACUGCCUGGUCAAGCACCUGUAAAUGUUGAGGGCCUAAGAACUGGAUCUUCUGCGUCCUCUUCAUCUGCCUCAUCCUCCGGAUCAUCGUGGUUUGGGGGAUUUUUUGGUGGUGGAAAGGAGGAGGAGGCAGGAUCGAGCAGUGGAAGCAAAACUCAGGUCCUGGAGAGUUUUGAUGCUCCAAGCCCACCAACAUUUGAGUUCAAAUAAGGUUGGCUUUUGGCAAAGAAAAGGUGUCAGUUGAUCCAUGCGCCUUUGAAGUUUACAGGAUGGGAAGACAGAUUCUAAUAACUACUGUUGUUGAUUUACGUGUGCGGAUUUUCGAUUAGAAGUAGCUAAAAUGCAGUACAGGUUGCCGUUUAAUUUUGGUGAAUGGAAGCUUUGUGUAUUUUUGAUGACUGUAUUAAUAUAAUGAUAACCUAUGAAGUUUUGAAAUUGUCCAAAUAAUCCCAAAGCAUGCUGUCUACCAUCCAAGAAUUGGAAUGUUGUCAUUAU